GUUUGACCCUCCCCCCGGGCUGGAGAGUGUGGCGGUGAACGAAGUCCUUCUUACCUCGAGGUGGAGCACGGACCUCUCUUGGCGUUGGGAGAGGCAGAAGCAGAUCAAUGCUCUCGAGACCGAUGCAGCGGUCACGAACUUGAGGCAGCUCGCGCGCGAAAAGAAGGACACGAGAUCCGUCCACAUCUUGGAUUCCUCCUGCGCCCGAGGGGCUGUGACAAAAGGCCGGUCUUCUGCGAAGCUGUUACGCCCCAGCCUCAGGAAGGCUGCUGCCAUCAGUGUCGCCGGCGGUCUUUUCCCUGCUUUUGUUUACGGCCCCACAAGACUAAAUGUGUCCGACGACCCGACGAGGGAGGUUCCGUUACGAGAGCCCCACGGCUGUUCAGCUUUGCAAGGAUUUGAGGAGGAAGACUUCAGCUCCCUCUGUGCACUUUCGGGGGCCAGCAAGAACCGUGGCAGGUGGAUCCGUCUUUCUCUCCUGCUGGCGGCCGGCGAAGGGAGAACGCAUGAGCUUGUCGGUGCCCUCCACGACUUCCCUCAAGUAAGACACUGCCCGGCCCAGCCUGUCCCGGGUCUUUUCCUUGCGGAGCUGACCCCCCUCCAUUCUGUCCUCAACAGAGGCACCCCCAAGCCUUACCACCUUGGCCUCCUGCUUGACCCUCUGCCGAGGCAGAGAAGAGAUCGCUUCGCUAGUGAGGACAGUGCCCUCUUCUGGACCACUGCGGCGUAUGUACACGGAAGCUUCGCUGGGCUCAGGAAAGCUUGCUUCCGCUUCCCCCUCUCCUCCGCCUCGGUCUGCAAGAUAGUGCGGGGCGUCUGCAACAACAGAUUCCCUUUUGCCUCGGUUGCACUCCUCCGGGACGUCAGCUCCGGGCUCCACCGCGACUCCAACAAUGGCCAAGCUUGGUGUUCCCCGUUGGGCCCUUCUCUGAGGGACAAGUGUGGAUUGAAGGUGGUGCGAGCGAUUCGCCCCUUCAGCCCUGAGCAGCUAUGGGGCGCGCGGUUGCGAGCGGCCCAGUGUGGCUUUUUGGGGAAAGACGACACUGUACGCCGGGUAGUAGUAUCACCUUGGACUUUGACUCCACCCGGCUUCCCUGGCCUUCUUUCCCUUUUCUUCCUUUUCUGGACUUUGUCCUUCCUCUUCCUUGGAUUUGCCUGGGCCGUCCUCGCCCCUCGCAACAAGGCCGAUCUGGCUGACUUAGCCGCAGCUUUUUCGCGAUGGCUGGUCGAAGUUGGUGGCUUCGACCUACGGGCCUUGAUCGAGGCGAAGCCCUUCGAUGCUGAGAUGAUCGUAGACUGGCUUGUCUGCUACGGGAAGGACCUUUACGGCUCUGGCAGGCCUUACUGGCACUACGCGGAGACGGUGAACGCCGUACCAGCCAUGAGGCCUGUCUUGCGCAGGCAAGUACAAGCUGCUUGGGACUUAGGCUUUGCUUGGUUGUCAGAGGAACCAUCAACGCAUCACACAGCAGUACCAGCUGUUGUCCUGGUCGCUAUCUUGGCGGCCUGUCUUUCCUGGGGAUGGGUCGCCGAGGCUGGAUGCUUUGCUCUGGCUUUUGGAGGCCUCAUGAGAAUAGGAGAGGUCCUUCCGGCCACGAGGAGCUCACUGGUGUUGCCGGAGGCCCAGGACCUCGUGAUGAUUAUAAUCAUGGCUUUUCGUGGCCUCAGGGGUGACCAAAAGCUCUGGCCCAUGUCGUCCCAGACGCUGCGGAAACGCCUCGACCAGGACUCAGAGUUGGUCAGACGACGAGGCAGAUGGGCCUCAGCAAAAAUCAUGGAGAUCUACUUGCAAGAAGUCUCGGCAACGGUCUAUUUGCCCUCGUUGCCACGAGAGCAAAAGCACCGGGUUGCCCAGAUUGCAGCAACCUUCAGUGGCAUCCUCCAGCAAGCGUGGGCCUGGACAUGCCAAGGCAUCGAACGGAACAUUUGGUACCGCCUGUGGCCCGAGGAUGAUCUGCACACGCCUGGAAACUGUGGGAAGUACGGGACAUAG